AUGGACGAGCUGGAGCUCCUUCUGAGCCACCUGGACCAGGACCCUUUGAGGAAAGAUGUCCGGAUGAUGUUUUCCGGUUUGACUCCUGGCUUCAUGCCUACGGUUGGAGCUAGAACAGUCAUGGCAGGUAACCUCUUGUCAUUUUGCAACGAUUGGCUGGAGAUCGAAGCACUCUGGUAUGUGCCCGGGAUUGGCUUCCAACCCCAUGGAGACAAGCAGGACUUUCGCAUCUACAUGGAUGGUGUAUGUGCUAGACACAUCCAUCUCGCCAGAGGGAUCCAGCUUGUGUGCACUGGAGAACGAGUUCUUUCCACCGAUUCCGCAGCCAUUUCAUUGAAGAAUGCAAGAAUAUGCUUCCGCCCUGAGGUUGCUCUUUCCAUGCCGUGGGACGCAGUUCACCUUUUUAGUGGAGCAUUUGGAGGAUGGCAUCAAGCCUUGAAAUGGCUCGACAAACAGGAGCAAUCAAUUUGUGUAGGACAAGAGAUUUUCCUGGACCAAGAUCCGAGGGUCAUGGAGGUCUGGUCCCUCAAAUUUGGGACUCCUUUCCAACACCUGCAGGGCACGAAGAACAUCGCAUGGACCCCUGCCAAGGCAGCUGGGUAUUGUGGCAGUGUUUCCGACUUUACAAUCGUGGACCUUUGUCGCACCCAGGUGAAUUUGCUUGGAUCAAUUUCUCCGCCUUGUCAAAGUUGGAGCAAAGGAGGAAAAAGAGGAGGCCUGCAAGACCAGAACGGCUUUGCGUUCUUGGAAGCGCUGUCGCUCGCAUUUUCUCUGCAGAUGGUGGCCAUUGCGGCCGAGUGUGCUGAUGACAUCGUCAGCCACCACCAUUUUAAGAUUGUCAAAGCCCUCGCACAUGCCCUGGGCUAUAGACUCGUUUGGGACCAGGUGACUCCAUUCCAUCCCAUCGCGGCACAUGCAAGGUACGAGAACAAGAACUUGCAGAACAAGGAGGUCAUUCGAUCCAGAGCAUGGUCCGACCGCCUUACUGCGUGCAAUGCUAUCCUCUUUGCCCAUGAAGGAUUUGUUCACAUGGUUCCUGUCAGCUCCUUUUGGGAAUGGGUCAAGAUCUCGGACGCUGCCCUUUCGGAAAGCUCCAAGUGUACCUGGAAUUUGACAGGAACCUGCGUAGGGCGCCAGUUCUCUUUCCAGGUGAGCCCACAGCAAACCAUUCGUGAUGCCUUUCGAGCAAGCCUUGACGGCCCAAGUGCAAUCCUCCACCAAAUCAAUGGGAGGAACGAGGACAUCAAAAUCCUGCAUUCGUCCACUUUCGAGCAGAUCGCCAAUCAAGAGCGGUCAUUUCGACUUGUGCUAGGCCAUGCCACUGUUGGCGAAUGCAAAAUCAAUCCUGUGAACUGCACUGCCGCUCGAACUAAGGUCAUCGAAGAUCCAUCCGAUGGACGCCUACAAGAUGCUCACAUCCCCUUCACGCUGCACGAUUUUGACACACAGGCUGCAUCAGAUGUUUUCUGGGCCAUUCAGAGUGUCGUCGAAACACUGCAAGACGACGAGAAUGGGCGUGAGGCUUCAGCUUCAGUCAUCGUAUUGCCCGAGAACAUUGGGUUGACCACUCUUGUUCCAAGUGUUGAACGUGUUGCAACCUUGCAGCAAGUAGCCAACCUCCCGAUCUUCAGACAUCGCAACAAACGAUUUAUUUCCAUUCCUGGAGAGAUGAAUGCAUAUUUGUUGAUCUCAGAUAAGUGUGACACGCUGGACUCAAGUUCCGUCGAAGUUAUUCUUCGAUUUGGCGAGCAGUUCGUCGGAGGAGCCAGAAUUCCUUCCCAGGUGAAGCAGAUUUAUAGUCAGCUCUUCUGCACUGGUUCGCACCUUCAGCUCCACGCAGUCAAUGGACACCCUGCUCCACGAGAUCAGCUCCGUUUCCAGAAUGGAGACAUCCUGGACAUGUGCCACAAAAACGUCACCAGAGCGGGGGGGCCACCACCUCAACCUCACCGCGCCGCCGGCACUGCCAGCUUUUGCCGACUUCACUGCUAG